CCAAUUGCUAAUAUAAAAGUAGCAAAGGAAUAAUUGGCGGGUUCGCUCUGUUGCUAGAGGCGUGAAGAGGGGGAGAUAGCCAUGGCCCCAAGUUUUGUUGCUCUCUCUCUCUUCAUCCUUCAAAGUUUCCUCUUUUCUUCCUCUUCCUCGGAGCUUCACCGAUUUGAUCAUCCCGCCAAGAAGGAUGGUUCUCUGAGCCUUCUCGUUGUUGGAGAUUGGGGAAGAAAAGGAUUAUACAAUCAAUCCCAAGUGGCAGAAAAGAUGGGAGAGAUUGGGAAGGAACUCGACAUCGAUUUUGUGAUAUCAACCGGUGAUAAUUUCUACGAGAAUGGAUUAACUGGAGUAGAUGAUACUGCUUUUGAGGAAUCCUUUGCCAAUAUUUUCACGGCCGAGGGCCUGCAGAAGCAGUGGUAUGCUGUUUUGGGGAAUCAUGACUACAGGGGAGAUGUUCUGUCGCAGCUAAGUCCUAUUCUUCAGACGAUUGAUAGCAGAUGGCUUUGCUUGAGAUCUUUUAUUCUUCAUGCUGAAAUUGCUGAUUUCAUCUUUGUGGACACAACUCCAUUUGUUGUCAAGUAUUGGACUCAAUCGGAGGGCCACCUUUACGACUGGAGAGAAGUGUCUCCUCGUGAACAAUACAUUGAUAAUCUCCUUAAGGAAUUGAAUGAAGCAUUGAUUGAAUCCCGAGCACCGUGGAAGUUUGUGGUUGGUCAUCAUACAAUGAGGAGUGUAAGCGAACAUGGAGACACGGAAGAGCUACUGGAGAAUCUCCUCCCGAUUCUUAAGGAGAAUGGAGUUGAUCUUUACAUAAAUGGACACGACCACUGCCUCCAGCACAUUAGCAGCAGAGAUAGUUCUCUUCAUUAUUUAACAAGCGGCGGCGGUUCCAAGGCGUGGAGGGGAAUUUAUAUUCCAAAUGAUGACAAGUUACAAUUCUUCUACGAUGGCCAGGGUUUCUUGUCGAUGCAGUUGACUAAAACGAGUGUGACGACUGUGUUUAACGAUGCCUUUGGCCAAGCCUUGCACGAACUGAGUCUAACCAAGCAGUUUCUCAAUUACCUGUAAUUUGUUAGAAGAUUGGGGAGGGACAUUUAUGUAAAUAAGCUGAGAGCUUAGGCAUGCUUACACGAGCUUCUUGAUCAAGGAAAAGUAAGGAUAAGUGUUGAAUCCAAAUUUGUUCAGGAGACAAUGCCCAAGAAAUAGAGUGUCAGAGAUCAGAAAGAGGGGAGGAGGAGAUUAUGAAAGAGAGAGUAAUAACACAAUAUUAAAUAACAAAAGUUGUGUCACCUUUAUUCACAAAAUAAACCUUCUAUUUAUAGGAUGGGGUUUAAUUAUGACUACAUACUAUAACCCUAUGACGGCUAGCUACGUCAGGGGAACUUUAGUCCAUAAUUGCACUAGGCCCGCACGGUCACGGAAUAUGAACCGCUGGCCUUUCGGCCAGAUGACUAGAGAGUCGAGGGGACUAUGAGGCCAAAUGACAGUAGGCUUGCCAGCCAUUGGAUGGGAACCUGGGUCUCCGUCAUUGGAGCCUUGGGCGCCAUCGCCCUGUCCUGACAUGUUCAACUUGGUGGGUGAUGGUUUCCUUUUAGCGAGAUUCCUCUAGAGAUGAUCCUUCCCCGCUUUGUUGUCGAAGGCACGCCGUUCUUUUUAUCUCCAUAUUUGUUCGAUUCAGCAAGUAUUUCUCAGGCAUCCAUGGUUGGGCCUGCAAUGCUGCUUCACCCCCCAUAUUGUUCAUGAGGUGUUUUUGUGAUUUGUGCUGGCACUUUUUUAGUGUGCAUAUUAAGUUCCCCAUUUUCUCUUGCUCCUUAAUUGUGACAACUGCAACAAGGAGAAGAAAAGUUUUAUUAACUCUCC